GUAACAUUAGUUUAGGAUUGGAUUGGGAAGGAAAGCAGAGGCAGAGGUUGGGGAGGUGGAAAAAGAAACAAAAGAAUAGAAAAAGGUGAGGAAGAAAUCGAGGAAAAGGAAAAAGGAAAAGGAAGACGAAAAGGGAAGAUAGUAGUUUAGGAGGAUUAGGAAGAAGGAAUGAGUGCAACAGUGACUCUAACUCUGAACCUAUGCCCUAGUUCCUCCAUCGUCACCGCCUCUCAUCUCUCUCCGCAUUGCUAUUCCUUCAAGAGCAUACCAAACCCUAAUAUCAAUGCCUUCUUCAGCUUCUCCCUCUCUCUCUCUCUGUUUCAUCACGGACGCGUCGGUACCUGCAAGAAGCUCGUACCCAAACCAUCUCCCUCAAGGCGGACGUGGCUUUAUGGACAUAUGAAUAGAGAUCCAGAUACAAACAGCCCAAGUUAUGAAUUGGAGAAGGGGUUGGCCUUAUUUGGUUCCGAUGAAGAUCUAGCAACACAAAUUCCAACUCAGGUCCAAUCAGUUGUUGAAGGAUCUGGGUCAAUUCGUGUAUCAGAGUUCAAACCUGUUCCUGAUGUUGAUUAUCUGCAGGAGUUAUUGGCCAUUCAACAACAAGGACCUAGAGCUAUUGGCUUUUUUGGAACACGGAACAUGGGAUUCAUGCACCAGGAACUAAUUGAGAUUCUUAGCUAUGCUAUGGUUAUAACUAAAAAUCAUAUAUAUACAUCUGGAGCAUCUGGGACUAAUGCUGCUGUUAUCCGAGGUGCUUUAAGGGCAGAGAAACCAGAGUUGCUUACAGUUAUAUUACCACAAAGUUUAAGCAAACAGCCUCCCGAGAGUCAGGAGCUAUUGUCCAAAGUGAAAAAUGUCAUAGAAAAGCCCCACAAUGAUCAUCUACCUCUAAUAGAAGCCAGCAGGUUAUGCAAUAUGGAUAUCAUUUCACACGUGCAGCAAGUGAUUUGUUUUGCUUUCCAUGAUAGUAGGUUGCUCAUGGAAACUUGUCAAGAAGCAAAAAAUUUGCGGAAGAUUGUGACGCUUUUCUACCUCGAUUGACAUUUUUAUCCAUGUCUAUACAUUAUUCUCUGCACAGGAGUGGGCUGGGAGAGAGUAGUGCUUAUUUUUGGUUUGUAAUUAUUGUUAUAACAACCAAUGAUAUUGCCUUAAAUUGCUUCUUUAUAUUCACCUGUAAAGGUGUUUUAAUUGGGAAUGGAUCCUCUCCCGUUUUUUCCGAAACGAGAGGUUCAAAUCUGAAAAUUUAGAACA